CCGCCGAGGAUCAUGCGGGACGCGAACCGCGCCGAGGAGGAGGCAAGCAGCGUCUUUUUCGACUCCAUUACGAACUGCGAGGUCGUCAAGUACUUCCAGGCCGAGGAGACGGAGGCGCGGCGGUACGACCAGAAAUUGGCCUGUUUCGAGCAAAAGCAGGUCGACGUCCUGCACUCCCUGGCCCAGCUCAAUUUCGGACAGCAGGCGAUCGUCGUAGGCGGGUUCACCACCGUUUUGGCGAUCACCGCCCAGCACGUGGUAUCUGGCUCCUUGCCCGUCGGCGUCGUCGUGGCGAUCCACGGUAUCCUGGCGCAGCUCAUGCAGCCGCUGGGCAUCUUGGGAGGUAUUAGCCUGGUGCCCCAGUCAGCACCACCGCUGUCCGGAUGAGCAUCACGAAUCUUAUCAUACCCUUCAAUUCGCAGAACAUGUGGUCAGCGCUGGCGUCUACCGCGUCACUACCCAGGGCUUCAUCGAUCUGGGCAAGCUGCAGGCCUUCCUGGCGCGGCCGUCGGCCGUGCCGCCGCCCGCCGACGGAGGAGC